GUGGAAAAUUUAUUUAGAGCAUGAUGAACCCAGCCGUUAGCAGGAAGGCGGCACAACAACGUCAGCGGCGCACCUACAGAGUGAGAAGAGAUAUUUUCGCUGAGUACGACGAUGCUGAGUUACUGAAAAGAUUCAGAUUGGACCGUGCUGGUAUUGUUGCAGUGACUGAUAUAGUGAGAGACAAGCUGCAAAGUAAAACUGAAAGAAAUAGAGCCUUGACCCCUGAGAUGGUGGCCAUCACAUUACGAUAUUUAGCCACAGGAAAAAUGCAACAGUGCAGUUGUGAUGAUUUUGGAACAACGCAGCCCACUAUCAGCCGUGCAAUAUCACAGACAAUUGAUGCACUGGCUGACCCAGAAGUAAUCUGCCAGUUCGUGGCUUUCCCUCACACCCAGCGUGAAGUGCAGCAAAAACAGGCAGAGUUCAUGCAAGUAACUCAGUUUCCCGGUGUUGUGGGAGUGAUUGAUGGCACUCAUAUAAGAAUUGUGUCUCCUCAUGUCGAUGAACAUGUAUAUGUGAACAGGAAACGCUAUCACAGCAUAAAUGUGCAAGUAGUAUUUGAUGCUCACUAUAAGAUUCUUGACAUUGUGGCAAGGUGGCCUGGCUCAGUCAACGAUGCAAGAAUACUAGAUAAGUCAGCACUCAAACUGAUGUUUGAGGAACAACAUGUACCUGCAGGAUGCUACCUUCCCGGGGACAGUGGCUAUCCCUGUAAGCAGUGGCUCCUCACUCCUUACCUUCGCCCUCAAACUGUUGCACAAGCUAAUUAUAACAGUUCCAGUACCUUACGAUGCAGCCGAGGGGACUGACGCCACCACCACCACUGCCACCACCGCCACAACAAGGGUUAUUCGAGUGGGGAACAUGCUUCAGGUGUUGCCCCAAGAUGCCUCAGCCCCGCAGCCCCACUUCCCCAUGAUAGUGCAGGCAGGGAAUGUCAUACAGGUUGUUCCAGCUGACAACACGCAGGUAUUAGGGGCAGAAGUCGUUGGAGUUGGUCGGGUCAUGCAAGUGGUCGGAGUCCCAGGCUUUCCCCCGACCCCAGCCCCAGACCCCUGCCCCAGCCACCCCUCUCCCUGUGACCCCUGCCCAGUCAUCCCUCACCCCCUCCUGCCCCCCUGCGGUGCUGCCAGCGGGGGUGAUGGGAGGUGGAGGUGGGCCACACACACCUGGGUUAGCUGUGGCUUGGCUUAUCUCCCUCCUCAGCAGCAAAUCCCGAGGAUCAACGUGGACAUGGUGGACCCAGAGAUUGCAGCAGCAGCGAGAGAGAGAGAGAGAAGCAAGAGAGGAGGGAGAGGAAGGAGAGGAGGAGGAGAGAGAGGGAGGCCAGGAGGGAGGCACGUCAGAGAGAGAGGGAGAGGAAGAGGUUGAUUCUGUUACAACAACAACUGCAACAACAACAACAGUUAGUCAGUGAGGAGGGGGAGGGGCCGUCCUCUGAUGCUGAGGAUGAGGUAUUGUUCAGGGAGGCCAUGUCGGAGGUGCCGGUGGUGGGGUCGCCAGUUCCGGAGUACGAGGUGGAGGAGGAAAAGGAAGAGGAGGACGAGGAGGAGGCACGGAUAAGGAAGAAGAAAAGAUUAUUAGCUGUAGCCCUCCCUCCAGCUGAUAAGGGGAUAUUAAGGAGCCCUUCCUACAGGUUCGUUCGAUGCAAGGAGUUGGCACAGGAGGCGUCCGAGGCUGUGUAGAGCGGCCGUCUGAACCUGGUGCCACAGCUUACUAUGUUCAACAGAAACUUGGACAGUGACAACAAGAACAUCUUCACAAAUACAAGCAGCAGAAAUGAGAGUUCUGAGAAUGAUCCGAGGUGUGACCAGACUUGAUAGAAUUAGAAAUGAAGAAACCAGAGAGAGAUUAGGGAUAACAUCUGUACUGAAGAUAAUUGAAAAGAACAAAUUGAGAUGGUAUGGACAUGUCCGAAGAAUGGAAGAUACAAGAUACGCAAGGAAGUUUCUGGAAUGGGUUCCUCUAGGCAGGAGGCCGGUGGGACGACCUAGGAAGCGAUGGAUGCAGGGAGUUGAAGAAGCUACUGAACGAAGAGGAAGAAAUCUACAAGAAAUAACCAGAGAUGAGGAUUUCAUGGAUAGAGACCUUUGGAGAAGAUUUGUAGAGGCCGGACACUGACAGGCAUUGCCUACCUUGCGUCUGCUGAGAAAGUAACUGUAGGAAGAAUGCAGGAAAUGGAGGAGGAGGAGGAGGAGGAGGAGAAAAUGAGUAGAAAACAAGAAAAUUAGAAUAAGCAGAUGGAAUAAAGAGGAAGAAGAAGAAGAAAAGGAGGAAGAAGAAGA